AUGGCCGACUACGGCGAUCAGUUCAUGUCCAAUGGCGACUAUGACGAUGAGAUGGGCGGCAAUGAGUACGAUCAGGACAUCUCGCCCGAAGACUGCUGGAAGGUCAUCGGCAGCUUCUUCGAGCGCAAAGGUCUUGUCUCGAUGCAGAUCGACUCAUUCGACAAGUUCAUGUCGCAGACAAUCAAAGAUCUCGUGAUGGACAAGGGAUCAGUCACAUUGGAUUAUGGCAAGCACCCUGAACCAGACGAGAUCAACCCGGUUGUCAUCGAGCGGCACGAAGUCAAGUUUCUGGAUGUCACCCUCUCAUACCCAAACGUCGUCGAAGGUGAUGGUGUCACCAACGAUCUCAUGCCUCACGAGGCUCGCCUGCGAAGUUUGACAUAUGCUUGUCCAGCGUUCAUCCUGAUGUCAAAGAAGACCUAUUACGCCCGAGAAGCGCCGUCAGAUUCGUUCGAGAACCUGGAAGGAAUGGUCACACAAGGCACCGACGGCAUGCAGCUGUACUGGGAGGUUGGUCACUCAAAUGAUGAUAUUCCAGAAGAUCGGCCUGAGUCAGUCUACAUUGGCAAGAUUCCGGUGAUGCUCAAGAGUGGGAGUUGUUGGCUGAAUCAAGAUCCGAGCAAGACCAAAACAGCGCGAAAGAUCUACAGAGGAUACUUCAUCAUCAAUGGCAGCGAGAAGGUUCUGAUCGCGCAGGAGCGGAGUGCUGGCAACAUCGUGCAGAUUUUCACAAAGGCGUCGCCAUCACCUUUCACCCAUUUAGCUGAAUGUCGGUCUGUGGUUGAGGGAGGCUCAAGACAAAUGUCGCAGUGUACAGUCAAGCUAUACAGAAAGUCGGACGGUCCAGAUGGCACCAAGAUCGAGAAUACUCUGAAGGUACAAUUGCCAUACGUUAAGAUGGAGAUCCCUCUUGCGAUCGUCUUCAGAGCACUGGACAUCGUGUCAGAUUCAGACAUCAUUGAGAAGAUCUGCUUCGACCACAGCGACAAAGAGAUGAUCGACAUGCUCAUGGGCUCUUUGCAGGAAGGUCAAGCCAUUCAGCGAGGAGAACUUGCACGUUCAUUUAUUGCGACCAGGACAAGCGACAACAAGAUGACCGCAUCCCAGAGACAGACGAUGGCCAACGAUAUUCUGCAGAAGGAAUGGCUUCCACACAUCGGCAAGGGAGCUGACUCGCUCACACAGAAGGCGUAUUAUCUCGGCUACAUGGUCAACAGGCUGCUCAAAUGUGCGCUAGGUCGGACAGAGCCUGAUGAUCGUGAUCAUCUGGGAAAGAAGCGUCUUGAUUUGGCCGGUCCGCUCAUGACCAACCUCUUCCGCAGUCUUUUCGACAGAGCGACCAAGGACUUCUUCCGCUACAUGCAGAAGCGCAACUGGGGUGAUCAGAAGAAGCUCGACAAGGCGAAGGCUGGUGUGUCGCAAGUGCUGAACAGAUAUGCCUAUGCAUCUACAGUUUCGCAUCUGCGGCGGACGAAUGCUCCUAUCGGUCGUGAGGGCAAAAUCGCGAAACCUCGUCAGCUACACAACACUCACUGGGGCUAUGUCUGUCCAGCAGAAACGCCGGAAGGUCAAGCUUGCGGUCUGGUGAAGAACUUGGCGCUGAUGUCGCUGGUGACCAACGACGUUCCCGUUGGGCCUUUACGACAAUACAUUCUUGAAAAAGAUGUCGAGACUAUAGAAGACUGGGAACCGAAGCUCAAUUCUCAGGCCACGAAGGUGUUCCUGAACGGUGUCUGGUUUGGCGUAAUUGUCCAACACCCACGUCGACUCGUUGACCACAUCAGAGAACUCCGUCGCAAGUGUAUCGUAGACUCGACUAUUGGUCUCGUGUGGGACAUUCGAGAGAAGGAGUUCCGCAUCACCGGUGAAGGAGGACGUAUCAUCCGACCGCUCUUUGUUGUCGAAAACGACACGACCAAUGCACGAAAUGGCGGCCCGCCACCUGAAGAGCCUUGCAAUUGGGAUAUCUUACUCUCAGAAGGCACCGUGGAGUAUCUCGAUGCCGAGGAAGAGGAGACCGCCAUGAUUGUCAUGACGCCUGAGCACCUGAAUGACUCCAAGAUACGCGAUGGCGGCGGAAUAAUAGAGACUGGUGAUGAUCCACUAGCUCGACACGAUCCUCUGCUCACAGGUGCAAACACCAUGUUCACUCACUGCGAGAUUCACCCAGCAUGA